AUGUUCUGCUCCGUGUCCGGAUCCACAGGUGCCAACGGGACGUGUCAGCCUCGGCGAUGUAGACGAGACGAGUUUCCGUUUGGGUACACGCCACACGAUCCGAUCCCGCCGCUUUGUUCAAGGGGGAGCUUCUGCCCAGACGGCGGGAACGGCUGCACGCUGCUGCUUGCGGUUGGCUCUCCGUGCGAGCUAAACCGGGACGACCAGUGCGCACCCCCGCCGGACUGGCAGGCGCUGGCCAACAACCAGAACUUCAAUGGGUCUUUGUGUCUGAAGUCCACGUGCAUGUAUGCGAAUGUCUCGCUGGGGGAGCCGUGCAUCAUCGACACGGUGACAUACAUUGACGUUGGGCCAAAUGGACAACAGUUCAGCAACAGCAUCUCGCGCGACAACUGCCAGUCCCCGCAGAUGUACUGCGAUAGCUCUGCUAGUCAGUGUGUGCCCGCCAAGACUCUUGGCGCAGCAUGCGCUGCGGACCAAGAAUGCGAGACCUACAAUUGCGGGGCGCAGGGGAUAUGUGUGGAUCCUCCGGAGAUGCCCCUUCAUGUAGCGCCGUGGCAGUAUGUGGUCACCAGUUUGAGCGUCAUUGGAGCAAUGGCAGUAACGACCGUGAUGCUCACUUCGGUUCACAAACGGCUCCGCCUCAAAAGAUACCGCGAAAUCAGAGACUACUACGAGGAGCAGUUGAGCUUACGACGUUCCAUCGCCGCCAUUCAUGCCGCAGCCGCAGAAAGGUACGAAGACGAGAAGGUUAACUAUCAAUAUACGAUACCAGAGUUUCCAGGUUGA